CUGAAGAGUUGCCACUGUAGGUAUCAUGCUAAUUCUGUUAUCUGUCAAGAAAGAAUCAGAUGGUAUCACACACCACCAGCUUCUCCCUGUAUUUUCUACCUCCAUUCUGACACACUGACUGCAUUAGCAUUGUCUUUUAUACUCAAAUUGUUUUUCACACCAAAUUCCCUGUGGGGGAGAGAAAUCUUUGAAGCCAUCCAUUCAAAUCUUCAAAGCAGGACCUUGAAGAGCACUCACAGAGUGGGAAAGUUUGGAGAAGGAGAUCAUGCUAUAAAGCUGGUUUCCCCCUUUUGCUUUCCAUACUUUUACCACUGCCGGUCAUUGCAGAAAGCUCCCUGAGUGUUGGAAAAGCUUUAUCAAUUUCUCCAUGUUGCAAACUUCUACCAGACCCUUCCAAAAUGUGUGACAUAGAACUAACCCACAUGCCUGCAAUGUGGACUGCAGCUUUAACCACUGGCAAUGAAAAUAUGUGGGGUGCGGGAUGUUGGGGGUUCAGAGCAAACUGCAUGUUCCUAUAGCAUGCACCUUUCAAGACGUGUUUUUAAGCUGAAUCUCUACUAGCGUUACAUAGCAAAAGACCUUAGGAAAUACAAACUUACACUGCUGAAGAACGUGGUAAAAGGUGGCAGAGUUCAGUUGUAGAGUCACACUGUCUAGAACAAUAAUAAAUCACUCAAGAAGUCUUGUUUUCUCCUCGGAGACAUUUGUCUUUCAUUUCCGCUAUGACAUAUUCCACAGCCCACACGAACAUUAAGUCAUACAUUUGAACAGGAACUUUGUGGUAAAACCAAAAAAAUUCCAUCAAAACCAGAAGAUACAAAGCUGUGUGUGCAUGUCCCGCGGCUGCUCAUUACUGACCCUGAUUAAGAACAGCACACUGCUCUCUGAGCCUCGUGCUAAAUGGAAACCGCUGAGUUCUAUUACGUUUAUUAUUUAGCUCAAGAUUAUCUGCAAUAUGUGCUUCAGGAAUCACGUCUUGGACCAGCCCAAACCAGGGUUGCUCAUGUCUUGCGAAACAUUGCAUCUUCACUCCAAGAUCAGACAGAGGAGGCUCUCAGACCCUUUUUGGACAGGAUCGAUAUCACCUCCGUUGAUGUUGCCAAGAGAAUUUUCAAUGGAGUCAUGGAAGAAAAAUUUGCUGAUGGAAAUACGAACUGGGGACGAAUUACGACCAUAUUUACUUUUGGAGGUCUUCUCACCAAGAAGCUUCAAGAGCACGGAGUUCAGCUCACCGGAGAGGAGAAGGAGCAGAUUUCUUAUUUCAUCACAGAGUACAUCAUAAACAACAAAGCCGCGUGGAUAGAUGCAAACGGUGGCUGGGAAAACGGUUUCCUAACAAAGUUUGAAAGAAGAUCACCACUGUCUUUCUCUACAAUUACAGACAUAUUUGCAGCUGUUUUUUCCUUGUUCAGAGAGUACUACUGAAAUAAAUGGACCUGCUUGCUGCCACAAGCUUCAUUGCUAAGUUUUCCUCCAAGCAGUAUCGACUAGAAAAUAACUGCCCUGUAUAAUUUGUUUUUAAUUUAUUUCUAUUUAUUUUGACUAAUGCGAUGUCUAACACCCUCUCCUAACUGUCAGACCUAAAGAAAGGAUGCUUCUAAAGAGGAAUCAGCACUGCAAUGUGCAGCAAUGCAAGCCAGCUCUGCAGCCAGAUGGUUCUUGGAAUCUCUGUUGCACCGCCAAUGAAAGGACAUUGUCUUACUGAAAUACAAUCCAAUGGGUUAGGAAACAAGUUUUAAUCUCAUUUGUUUUGUAAAUGAAAUACUACUGUAAUGCAUUUUUAUUGCAGCAUUUGUAUAAGCAAAGGGGGGGGGG